CAACCUCCAAGCAAACACCUCUUUCUUUCUCACUUUCGAUCACCUGCACGAUGACUGCUCUGGAUGAUGACGAAUGGGAAUACGAGUACGACGAGGUCGAGACUGAAGAUUUCUACAUACCCAUCGACCUGUCAAAUGUCCCCAGAACCCAGAAGAACGUGGACAACGAGCGCCGAACUGGCCAUCCCACACUACUAAAAAGCAGACUCCGCGCUCUCAACGCGCAGCGCGGCCAGCAGCAGGACGCGCCGGCAGUUGAAAAUGCCAACGGACAGGAGCCGGGAAUCGUGGGAGAAGCUCAGAUCACUGGUCUGCAUACUGAGAAUCCGCUCGUUAUGUAUAAUGGUCAGUUGCUGAGUCUGCAAUGGGCAUCAACAAUUGGCACGGAUAUGUUCUUCGCGAAGCCGGAUCCUGAAGCGGAGUCCGAAGGGCCACUGCGCUCGUUGCCGAAUGUGGAUCUGCUGGCUGUGAGUUCUACCAAAUUGAUUGCGAGGGUUGGACGGCUGCGGCCGCGAGACGAGGUGUUUGAGAAGGUCGAAGAGGCGGAGGGACAGACCACAGCCGCAGAGGAGACCGUGAGGGACGCACAAGAGUCAGCGAAGGUAUCAGAACCGCCGCCAUCUAGUUUUCUUGCGAAGUUGAAUGCUGCGAAGGCUAAGAGAGGAGACUCAACGCGUCUCGCGGUUUCCAGGUCUGGAGAGGGGUCGAGUUUGGUGGCUGAGGCGGCUGCAACUGCACCAGCAGCAAUGCAACCUGAGGGAAACGACAUUGAGAUGAGCGGUACUUGAUGGCAUCAGGCCCAGACAUGCAAAGAGCCAAGAGAUGGAGGUCGAGAUGCAGAGGGUGCAACCAAUCCCCCUGGAGUGUGAUCACAAUGCAGACAGAAUUGCGUACAAGAGUCGCGCUUUCCAAACAAACAUAGCGCCUGCAUCGAUUGCACAUA